UUAAUCACAACAGUUUCUCGCCCCACAUUUGAGCUUCAGAAGUAACCAAAAAAUUUAAGGAUCAGUAAAGAUGAAGUUCCUCUACGUAUUCCUCGUUAUCGCCUUGGCCAUCCAAUUGGCAGCUUCAGCUACCAAUUCAACACAUACCCACAAGACUAAAGUUAUCGUGACCCGCAGGAAAACCGCAAAUUAA